AUCAUCAUCCCCAAAUUUCACUACCAAUCAAGAACCAACCACUUUCUUGCAGUGGGGUUUCCCCACUUCCCCUUCCCCAAACCCAAUCCUCAUUUUCACCCAAGUUCCCUAACCCUAAUCGGAUCUCCAAUUCCCCCAAAUUAUUCCAACCUUAAAUUCUGCUGAACUACCUUCCCAACAAGUUCCUCCCCAAAUUCAUUCAUGGCAGCUCCUCAAUUCCUCACCCUCCUCAUACUCCUCUCCUCCUCCGCCGCCGCCUACACCCCUCAGGACAACUUCCUCCUCACCUGCGGCUCCCCCGCCGCCGCCGCCGUCGCCGUCGACAACCGCCGCUUCGUCGGCGACCCGCCGCAUCUAUCCUCCGACGCUAAAAAAUCAAUUUCCAUCACAAACCCUAACAGAUCUUCCCCUCUUUAUUCAACGGCCAGGAUCUUCCCAUCUUCUUCGACCUAUUUGUUCUUCCUCAAAAACUUGGGUACGCAUCUUCUUCGCCUGCAUUUUUCGCCCUUUAGCUCCGGUGAUUACAUCCUCAGAAACGGCCACGUCAGCGCCGCCGCUAACGGCGCCGCCCUUCUCACCGAUUUCCGUACGGACACCACCGUCGUCAAAGAGUUCUUCCUAAACGUCGCCGUUUCGAAGCUCGAGAUCGUUUUCACUCCCGCUAGAGCUUCGUCUUUUGCUUAUGUUAGUGCAAUUGAGAUCUUCUCCAUCCCCGACGACUUCUUCAUCGACGCCGCCGGAAUUGCGUUAAUUACCGGCGCCGGAAUUCAGGAAUUCCGGCGGAAUUUGUCGUCGCAGGUCCUGGAAACCGUACAUCGGAUUAACGUCGGCGGUCCGAAGAUAACGCCGUUUAACGACACUCUGUGGCGGACGUGGAUUCCGGACGACGAAUUUCUCCGCCUCAAAUCCGCCGCCGACGCCGCCGUCGCCACCGAUCCGCCGAAUUACAUCCCCGGCGGCGCCACCAGGGAGAAUGCGCCGGAUAAUGUUUACAUGACGGCGCGUCAAAUGAACGCCGCCAACCGGAGAAGUUUGAGCAAUUUGUUUAACAUAACUUGGGAUUUUCCGGUGGUCCGCCGCGGCGGCGACGCGGCGGCGCCGGCAACGCAUUUGGUCCGCCUCCAUUUCUGCGACAUUGUGAGCAUCGCCGCCAAUACUCUGUAUUUCAACAUAUACAUUAACGAUGUCACGGCGUACAAAGACAUCGACUUGUCCGUACUUACAUUCCACCAAUUGGCGGCGCCGUAUUACGUCGAUUUCGUCGUCGAAAACCCGCCAGAAUCGAAGUUUAUCCAGAUCAGCGUCGGCCCGUCGGAGCUCAGCAAUCCGACAAGACGAAAUGCGAUCCUCAAUGGCGUCGAGAUCAUGCGAAUGAUAAGUUCCACGUCGACUCCGCGAAAAUCCUCCGACAAAAUAACUGUGUCGAUAAUUGCCGGUUCCGUCGCCGGAGGAUUCGCCAUCUUAGCUUUCCUCAUUUUAGGAACUUUCGCCAUCGCGCGAUGUAAGAAGACGAAAUCAAAAUCGAAAUCGAAGCCUCGCACCGAGAGUGUGGCCGGUUGGACUUCGUUGCGCGUUUUCGGCGGUGGAAGCUCGGAGGCGACCGCGUCGUCUCCCGGCCCGUUCGGAUACUACGGAUUGAAAAUCCCGUUUGCCGACAUACAAUCGGCGACAAACAACUUCGACGCGGAAUUAAUAAUCGGGUCGGGCGGAUUCGGGACGGUUUACAAAGGAGUACUCAACAACAACGUAAACGUUGCCGUUAAACGCGGCGUCCCCGGAUCGAGACAAGGUCUCCCGGAGUUCCAAACCGAGAUAACGGUCUUGUCGAAAAUCCGGCAUCGACAUCUCGUCUCGCUCGUCGGGUAUUGCGAGGAGCGAUCGGAGAUGGUGCUCGUAUACGAGUACAUGGAAAAAGGCCCGUUACGAAGCCACUUGUACGGCUCGGAUUAUCCGCCAUUAUCGUGGAAGCAACGGCUCGAGAUUUGCAUCGGCGCGGCGAGGGGGCUUCAUUACCUACACACCGGGUCGGCGCAAGGGAUAAUCCAUCGGGACAUAAAAUCGACGAACAUUUUGCUCGACGAGAACUAUGUUGCGAAGGUUGCCGAUUUCGGGCUGUCCAAAUCGGGUCCAUGUCUCGAUGAGACGCACGUGAGCACCGGCGUGAAGGGAAGUUUCGGGUAUUUGGAUCCCGAGUAUUUCCGACGGCAGCAGCUGACGGAUAAGUCGGACGUUUACUCGUUCGGGGUCGUUCUUUUCGAGGUUCUUUGCGCGAGGCCCGCCGUCGAUCCGUUGCUCGCGCGGGAGCAAGUGAAUCUCGCCGAAUGGGCGAUGGAAUGGCAAAAAAAAGGGAUUAUCGAGCAGAUCGUCGAUACUUGCGUCGUCGACGAGAUUAAACCGACCGCCUUGAAGAAAUUCUGCGAGACGGCAGAGAAGUGUCUCGCCGAGUACGGUGUCGACCGUCCGACGAUGGGGGAUGUGCUGUGGAAUUUGGAGUACGCGUAUCAGCUGCAGACGAACGAGACGGCGAACGGGACAGAUGGUGCCGCCGCCUCUGGCGGCAGCAAUGAAUCUCCGGCGGUUGUUGUAGUCCCAGGACCGAGUGUAAGCAACAGCGGCGAUGGUACUGACGAUGGAACUUCGGACAUUUCGACGACCCGGGUUUUCUCUCAGUUGUUGAGUAGCGAUGGUCGAUAGAAUGAGUCGGGAUCGACGCCGGUAAAUGAUCCUGAAAAUUUUCCGGUCAUAUAUAUAUAUAUAUAUAUGCAUAUGUAGAUAGAUAGAUACACGAGUGAGUGUUUGAUGGGUGUAUUGCUGUGAGUUUUAUUACAUUGCAGCUUUUGGGAAUGGUUUUUUGAACGACCAUUUUACAUAUACAAGAAGAAGAAUUGAUUUGUAUGUCAUAUGUUGCCAUUAAUUGGGAGAUGAAUGUAUUUUUAGUCUCUCUGUGUUAUUAUUUUGAUAUUUCUAAGUAAA